CAGCAUCCUAAUGGGUCAGAGGCCGGCAGUUAGUUACCUGUGCAGCUACAGCUGCUCAUUACUGCAGUCGUCUGGGGCCCGAAGCGCUGCUGAGAGGAGGAGGCGUGUAGGCUGUUCCCCUUUGGGGGAGAUGCAGCAUAUAUGCACGUACGGUUCGACUCGAAGAGACGCAUUGCCGGGAAUUGCGCGACGAGUGGAUGGCUGGCUGGCUGCACGGCUCACCAAGCAGUCACGAGUCACGAGUCAGCACAAGUCGUGAAGCAUUUUGAUUCACGAUUGUUCGAACAGACGUUUUCAUCCAUCCUUUCGCGCACCACUCGGGCUGGCUAUGAAGCAUCAUUUCCACUCCUUGACGGCUUUCUGCUGUCCAGCAAGCUAUGGCUCAAACAGCAUUCAGAUUGUCAUUUGGCACUUUCCGCUCUGUGCGUGUGCGUGUGUCGCGAUGCAGUUGGCUCCCGGGAUGCGUCGGACAGCCAUCACGUACUUCUCUCCACGAAGCUCCGUCGCUUGUACGAUCUCGCCUCGCUCGCCAAACUCAGCGAGAAAGUGGAGGUUGCAGAAUCACACCUCGUCUCCGUAGGCCUCCAACGCACAGCGAUCGCGUCCAUGCGAUGAUUGUAGGAUGGAUGCAUGGACAUCGCUCGGCAUUCCUUGAGAUGCGCGCUGCAUCAGCACCUUCGAGUGACGGCGCCAAGAAAAACCCAG